AUGCGCUGCUCAUUGGCCGCAUUUGUCACCCUCAGCCUCGCAGUAGCCUCCUUGGCGGAGCCCACUCUCAGCUCACAUAUUGUGCAUGAGAAACGCAGCGCCAUUCCUGUCGGAUGGUCCCACACUCGAAGACACGAGAGUGCGGCAACCGUUCCUCUGCGCAUUGCUUUGAAGCAGAGUAACAUCGAGUCCAUCGAUGAAUAUCUUUACGACGUCUCUCACCCGGAGUCGGCCAACUAUGGAAAGCACUGGACUGCAGGGGAGAUUUCCCGAAAAUUUUCACCCUCAGAGGAAACCGUUUCCACCGUCAGAGACUGGCUUAUUGAGAAUGGGCUAGCAAGCGAGCGCAUCCGCGUGAGUUCCACCAAGGGCUGGAUCAAAGUCGAUGUCACGGUCGAGGAAGCGGAACGGCUUAUGAACACUGAGUAUCAUGUUUACACCCAUGUUUCCGGACAGGAGCACGUCGCUUGCGAAGCCUAUAAUCUCCCCGAGCACAUUAGUACUCAUGUCGACUUUGUCAUACCUACCGUUCACUUCGAUGCGAAACUUAAGGGUAGAUCUGGUGUUGAGCCGGAACCUGCACGUGCGAUUGGCCAACCCGGUGUAGGAAUCACCCCGAAGACUGCUGGCUCUAUCUCACAGUUGGUGACUGAGCUUGAGCAGUGUGACGAGUACAUCACUCCUAUCUGCUUGAGGGCUCUGUAUGGUCUCGUAUACGAGCCUGUCGCUACUGAGAAGAACAGCUACGGCAUCGUGGAAUACACUCCUCAGGCGUACUUGCAAUCCGACCUACAAAUGUUCGCCAUGAACUACUCUACUGAUCUCCUCGGAAAGGAGCCAUACAUGGUAUCCAUUGACGGGAGACAUGUUGCAGGGUAUGCACAGACCGAGUACCAAGGUUUCGGAUACAACGGCGAGUCGGACCUCGACCUCCAAUAUGGAAUGUCUUUGGUCACUGGCAAGCAGAACGUUACUCUUUACCAGACUGGUGACAUGGUCGAAGGGGCUUCUUUCAACAACUUUCUCGACGCCAUCGAUGGUUCAUACUGUACAUUCGAGGGCGGUGACGAUUACACUCAAGAUGCCCAAUAUCCUGACCCGUACGGAGGAGGUUACGAGGGUCCUGAGGACUGUGGCACUGUUACACCCGCCUACGUCAUCUCAACAUCGUACGGGUACAACGAGGCUGAUCUCACUCCGUUCUAUACUGCGCGCCAGUGUUCAGAAUAUGCGAAGCUUGGCUUGAUGGGCGUCACUGUCCUGUACAGCUCUGGAGAUUAUGGUGUUGCUGGUAACGGCGGGUAUUGCUUGAACCCCAAUGGCACUCAGUCUCCAACCGGUAUGAUCUUCAACCCCAGUUUCCCUGGUAGCUGCCCCUACGUCACGUCUGUUGGUGCUACCAUGGUCAAGCCGAACACAAGUGUCGCGGCUAUUGAACCUGAAAUGGCUUGCAUGGAAGUUAUCUACUCUGGAGGAGGUUUCAGUAACUACUUCGCGAUGCCCUCAUAUCAGAAGACCGCGGUCGAUUACUAUCUGGAGAAUUAUCCCCCCAACUACCCCCCAACUAUCUGGAACUCGACUGGCAUGUCUCGUGCUUUCCCUGACAUUUCCGCCAACGGAGCUAAUUACGUUGUCGCUGUCGACGGUCAAUUCGAGCUUGUGUACGGAACUUCCUGUUCUUCACCAGUCAGUGGCGCCAUCUUCACGAUGAUCAACGAUGCCCGUCUCGCUGUAGGGAAGGGCCCGAUUGGUUUCAUCAACCCUACGAUCUACUCUGCUGAUUUCGCCGGUGCUUUCAAUGAUAUUACCACAGGGUCAAACCCGGGCUGUGGUACUGAAGGUUACAACGCUACGGCUGGGUGGGACCCAGUUACUGGUCUUGGUACUCCCAACUUCCCAAUGUUGCUUGAGAGGUGGCUGGCUCUUCCAUAG